UGCGCUUUUUGCCCCCCCCACCCCUCCCCUCCCCGCUCGAGAUCCCAAUCCAUGGCGCCGCCUCGCCCCCGGAUCUGAGCCGAGCCGCGGCGCGUAGCUAUAUUGCACUUGCCGCUGGCGCUGCGGUGCGGGUGGAAAAAACGGGUUCUUGGGAUUGCAAGAUUUGGGCUUUUCGUGUCUUGGGGGUGGUGGUGGUGGACUGGUGGUGGUGGUUGGUUGGACUCGUCGAUGGGUUUCUUGAGAGGGAUGGGCGUUUGAUUCGUCGAGCGGUUGGGCGCGACGGCGGUGGUGCUGCGGUGCGGCCGCCGCGAUGUGGAAGCAGUUUCUUGGGAAGAUCUCGUGGAAGGCGCCCAAAUCCGGCGGGGGUGGCUCGCCGACGGCCAAGUCGCCGCCGUUGAAGGGCGCUGGGAAUGGGAGGGAGGCGGAGCAGCCGAGCGCGUCGCCUCCGCCGGCGGUGGACGGGGUGGAGACGAGGGAGGACGUGUUCCUCCGGAAGCUGAACGUCUGCUGCGUGGUGUUCGACUUCUCCUCCGCCGCCGAGCGCGGGAGGGACUCGCCGGAGAGGGAGAGGAAGCGGCAGGUGCUCGUGUCCCUCGUCGACUGCGUCGGCGCGGCGGAGGAGCCCCUCACCGAGGCGAUGGUCUCCGGCUGCGUCCGCAUGUUCGCCAUCAACCUCUUCAGGGUCUUCCCGCCCAAGGUCCGGUCGGGCGCCGCCGGAGCAGCGGAGGCCGACGAGGACGAGCCGUUCUUUGACCCCUCAUGGUACCACCUGCAGGUCGUGUACGAGUUGCUACUCCGGUUCGUCAUGUCUCCGGUCAUCGACGUGAAGAUUGCUCGGAAGUACAUGGACAAUUCUUUCGUUUCGAGGCUGCUUGACUUGUUUGAUUCCGAUGAUCCGAGAGAGAGGGACUGCUUGAAGACAGUCUUGCACAGGAUAUACGGCAAAUUCAUGGGCAACCGGCCUUUCAUUCGCAAGGCGGUGAGCAACAUUUUCUAUAGGUUUGUAUUUGAGACCAAUCAUCACAAUGGGAUCGCUGAGCUAUUGGAGGUGUUCGGGAGUGUGAUUAGUGGGUUUGCGAAGCCGUUGAAGGAGGAACAUAAGUUGUUUUUGUGGAAGGCAUUAGUUCCUCUUCACAAACCGAAGACGGUGUGUGUGUAUCUCCCACAACUGACAUAUUGUAUUAUACAAUUUAUCGAGAAGGAGCCAAAGCUCGCAGGGACUGUAAUCAGAGGCCUACUGAAGUACUGGCCAGUGACGAACAGUCAGAAGGAGAUGAUGUUCCUCGGGGAGUUGGAGGAGGUUAUGGAAUUGACAGAAAUGCCUGAGUUCCAGAAGUGCAUGGUCCCAUUGUUCAGAAGGAUUGCACACUGUCUAAAUAGUUCACAUUUUCAGGUUGCUGAGAGGGCACUAUUCCUGUGGAACAAUGAGCACUUGUUCGAUUUGAUCUGCCAAAACCGCCAAAUUAUUAUGCCAAUCAUAUAUCCAGCGCUGGAAAGGAAUGCACGUUGGCACUGGAACCAAUCAGUUCUAAACGUAACAAUGAACGUCCGGAAAAUGUUCCUCGAGAUGGAUGAGGGAUUGCUGUUAGCUUGUCAGAGAAAUUUCCAAGAGGAGGAAGAAAAGCGAGCUGCAUCCGAGGAGCGGAGAAAGCUUAUAUGGGAGAACCUAGAGAGAAACGCGUCAUUCCAUCCAGUGACUGGAGACAUUGGUUUUUCUGUUCUUCCUGCAUCUGCUCCGUUGGUAGCUCCCACCAUGACAUAAUAUGACAUGCCUUCAAAUGUAGUAUUUCGUUUCAGUCUGUUGUUUAGCCAUCCAUGGGUUCUGUGCAGGGCAUUUUGUUAUCUUUGUAAAAGCCCCUUGUGCUCAAGUCUGUAAUUAAUAGCUAUAUUGGUUUGGACGAACUCUUGAUUCUUUUAAUGGUGUACUCUCUAGUGAUGGAUGUUUCUCUGUUUGAGAAGAUAAUGUCCAAAAGCUCAACUGGUCUGUGAACAACUGAGGAUACUGAUGAGAUUGAUUUCUUGGAGAAUUUCCAAGUGUUCCUGUUCUUU